CACACCACACGUCCAAACACACCUCGGCCGUUGCCUGUCAGCCUCACUCAUGCCCGCAUGGCAGCCUCCAGCUAUCGAUAUCCCUUCAUCAACCUCAGUCUUCCCGGCUUCACAGUUCUCGGGUUCUCUUACGUCUCUCGCUGGUCUCAAAUGUUUCGCUUCUCCCCCUCUCUCACCCAUCGAUUUGGCGUGAGACCCAUCCCGGCCGUCGAAUACCCCUGCUUUCCCGGGCAAUGACCGUGAACCGCCGAGAUGGCCUCCUUGUCCUCCCUCGGCCUCAAUCUACGCCUCGCAGAUAUCGACGAGGACCUCAAGUCCCACUCGGCCGCCCUAUCGUGGCCCAACUCGAGUUUUUGCGCAAGUGCCGCGUCCGCCAGCUACGACUUCCUCGACGAUGCACCCUGCUUUGCCUACACUGAAGUGUUUGAGAGCGGCGAUGUUUUCCAAGCCAUGUCGCCUGGCUCGGGCGUCUAUCUACCCCUUCACUCAUCGCCUGGUCCUCUGCCGGCAUUCGCCGUUUCCAAAUGUCGCUGUUCCAAGACGAUCGGGAUCGAGAUUCGGAGCUUGACCCUGUUACAGACGCUUGCCAUUGCCAUGCCCUCGCCUUUUGACUUUCCCUCCAUCCUCUCCAACUACACGAAACUCAAGUCCCACCUACAGCACCUUGAGACCAUCUCGCCGUCGCACUCCGCCACGGUCGAGCUGCGGCUGCUCGUCGGUGAUCUCCUCCUCGAUAGGGCCCUGUAUGCAGGCAUCGGCACCGAGACGUACCGGUCCAACGGCCACCUGUCCCUCACCCAGUUGCACGACAUGCACCAACGGAGUGUCGAUGCUGGCCUCGACGACCUGGACGCCUGCUUCUCCCUCGGUCUUCUCCCCGACGUGAUGGACGACGCGUAUCUCGAAGCCCUGGCUUCCAAGUUUACAGAGCUCGCUCUCGCCGGAGACAUGACUGCCCUGUACAACCUCUGCGAGCCCAUCGUUCGCUCCGGCGAGGUUGAGUGGGAGAUGAACACUGACCUGCUCCUCGAACUCCUCGACCGGGGUCAGCUAGAUAUCUACCGCUACGUUCUCGACCUUGCUUCCCGAACGAGGGACAGGUCUUCGGUCCAGCCUGCGUCGUUCCUCCGUGACAUCACGCAUGAUCCGCUCCACGUCGCCAUCCGUCUCGGCCACGUCCAGCAAGUGGACAGUCUUCUCCAACAGGGAACGUCCUUCAUUGGCGUUCACCACAGUGACUUGACGGAAGGCAGCGCAGAGCACGUUGUCCUCACGCCUCUUUCUGCUGCCGUCUAUUGGCGGCAACCCCGUAUUGUCCGGGUGAUUCUCUCCAAAAACAUCUUUGCAGACGGGAUGAAGGAAGCAGUCGCCAUGGCGGUCUCGGACGGAGACAAUGACAUGAUGCAAAUUCUGUUUUCUUUCGGAGUCAUGGGCGUGUCUGGAACUCCAGUGCCAGACAACCCAUUCGAGUCCUUCUCGGAACUCAGCCCCCUGGUGGGAGCCGAAGAAGUGUCUUUGGCACCCCCGGGCGCGGAGAGUGACGUUCGCUUCGCGGGCCAUCAGCACCCGCUCGACAACGGCAGGCCAGCCCCGUCGGCUGGCAUUCAAGGAACUAACCGUCAGGAACGAGACCGAGCAGCCGAGAUGCCCAAGGAGCCUGUUCGGCGCAAACCUUGGCGGCAUCGGCGUCGGGUUUUGGGACAAGCACUAGUCUUGCACAUGCGUGCGUUGUGUUCCCAGCUUCGCGACGUCUGCAUCUGCUCAGACCACAUCGAGGUGCGAGACGUCGCCAGCAAAUACGCCUUUGCAGACAGUGUUUGGGGCCGUGGCAUAAAGGCAUUCCGUGGUUUGAUGCAAGACAGCCCGCCUUCGACCCUGCCGGAGGUUGUCGACUGUCUCGUUGUGGCCAACGCCAUCUGCCUAGCCCUUUUUACACACGACGAGACAAUAUCUUCGCAGUUCAUCAACGACCUUGACCGCUGGCGCUCGGUCCUGCCAGCCUCAUCCCAGUGCCUCUUUGAUGAUGUAGCGCUCCGAAUGUGGGCCUAUACUCCAUCAAGCGCGGCGGCUUCGGAGCCGGAUCCCGUCAACGUCUCUCACUUCCGAGACUUGGUUCAGAGCUUGACAAGCCUUGAAAAACGCAAGGAAACCGCGCCAUCGAGGAUGCCCAGCCCCGGGAGUAGUCUUGCAGCCUGCCAGAGAGCGUUCGAGGACCAGGACACUAGCCCGGGGAUCAGCCAGGGGCAGGCGAUCCCCGGCCGCUCACAGUCUUGUCAAAGCUCCUAUGGGAGUUCGUCGGCCCAGCGGGGCGACCUUGUAUGGGCCGACUUUCUGCACAUGGAGCAAUUUGAGGACACGGCUUCGGGACAGACGGGGCCAUCGCUGGCAGAUGUCGGAGGCUGGGAUGACGUGAUGCCCACGACGAUGCUGCUGCUCGUUUCAGUAGCGUUUUCCGUCGUGCUGGCGCUGAUUUUGCAUCUACACUCUACGCCGGGGAGACCCGCGUUCGAUGCCUUUGCGUUGACACCUGCGGGAUAUGCCCGGUGCUGCGCCCUCCUCGUAGCCUACCUCGCGAUGCACGGCGUCUCGCUCCGUACUCCUCACGAUGACGCCAACGUCGCGAUGCCGUCGUUCACUCCACAAUCGCCGGCGUACGGGUCAGACUCAUGCAUGACCCCGUCGAGCAGCUUCUCGUCCCUCAACACGUUGGGCGUGCGCCGCAACGAGUCCUUCUCCAGCAUCAGCAGCACAGAGAAUACCGGCGCAGCAUCGGCGUCCUCGCGCGAUCAGCACCACCGGAAGCAACAGAGCGGAGAGAGGCUGUCGUGCCUCACGCCGCGAUGCGCCAAGACGUUCUCGAGCGUCAGCAACCGCAACAAGCACCUCCGCGAAGGGUGCGCAUUCACGAGGGAGAGGAGGCAAGGGCACCAGUGCAGGAACGGGCCCUGCGCAAAGGUGCUGACGACCAAGUGGUACCGCGAUACCCACGAGAGGGAGCGGUGCCGUUUCAGGCGGGGGGGAUAGGGGCGAUGGACGGAUGGGUGGCGGAACAGUCGCGGGGGCCCGGGCAGUGCACGUGCACCGGGAUGGCCUGGAGCCCCCCUGGCAUGCCACCCACCCACCACUCGUGUGCCAUAUAGUAAUGUGUAUAGAUUUUGUUCACGGAUAGGUAUCAUUGUGUCC